CGUUCUCUUCCUCCGUAGCCUCUAGCAUAGCCAGGAUUUACGCGCGGCGCGCGGCUGAGAGUUGGCUGACGGUCCCCUGGGCUAGGCUGCAGGUCCCGGGCCGCUGAAGAGGCUUCCCUGGGCAACGACCGCAAUGUGGAGUCCGGGGCGGGUCAGUCGGCUCCUGGAUCUGCAUCGCAGUGUAGUGGGUCUUCUGCAAUAUAUGACAUCCCUAGGGUCCACCAUACGAAGAUGCCUUUGGUAUGUUGUGGAGACCAUUUCCAGGUACAUCACAGACAUUAAGCCUUUGCCUCCCAACAUAAAAGAUGGACUGAUUAAAAUAAUGAGUGUCAAGGGACGGAUAACAGAUUCAAAUAUAAAUGAGAUUUUACAUCCCGAAGUCCAAACUCUAUAUCUACAAAGUUGUGAUAUCUCUGAUGCUGCUCUCCGGCACGUGUGUAGCUGCAGAAAACUGAAGAAAUUGAAUUUAAGUUCCUCAGAAGGAAACAGAGGUUCCAUAACUUCAGAAGGAAUAAAAGCUGUGGCUUCAUCUUGUUCAUAUCUGGAAGCGGUUUCUCUGAAAAGAUGCUGCAGCCUCACUGAUGAAGGAGUCCUCGCUCUUGCACGCAACUGCCGGCUGCUCGAGUUUGUUGACUUAAGCGGCUGCCUAAGCAUCACUGACGUGUCCCUGUGUGCGUUAGGAGAGAGUUGCUCGCUGUUGAAGUAUGUGGACUUUUCAGCUACUCAGGUAUCCGACAGUGGAGUGGUUGCGCUUGUUAGUGGGCUCUGUGCCAAGAAAUUAGAGGAGAUUCACAUGGGACACUGUAUUCACCUGACUGAUGCUGCCCUGAAGGCCAUCAUCACUCACUGUCCUCACAUCCGGAUUUUACACUUCCUUGAUUGCCCGCUAAUAACAGAUCAUGCACGAGAAAUCCUGGAGCAAAAAUUCUUGGGCCCAAACAAACUAAAGCAGGUGAUGUGGACAGUGUACGUUGAUGCUCACAGAAGCUAAGCAGAACCGCAGUUGGGGCUCAUCACAGCUGCUCUUGAGGAAACAGAAUUCAUUCUUCGCUUUUGGAGAACACGAACUCGCGUUUCGGAUCUCCCCAGGUUUGGGAGUCAUCUCUUCCCCCUAUAUCAGCAUCAGCAGUGUAAGACGCUCGCUCUGGCGGGGUCCUGUAAGCAGGGACGGGUUGGGAGCACCGUCUGAGGCGCUCGGACUCCCAGGGCAGUGCGCCGUGUACUGGAAAGCGGACCCGGCUCCUUCGGCGUCCUGCGGACAGGAGCUGCGGGCAACACUGUGACCCUGGGCGGCCUCUGCCCGGCGGCUGCUCUCGUGGUGACCUGACGCGGGAGAGGGCAGCACUGCCCCACUCAAAGCACCGGCUGACGCCUGGGUCCUCAUCUGAGUCCGCAGUCGGAGAGACGCCCUGCUGGUGCCGGCAGAACUGAGCUUGUGGCUUGGGUCUCCGCUUCACCCGUCUCUUCAGGUGGGAAAGACACCUGGUCACCGCCUGGGCAGGGCAGGCCCUGUGCUGGUCCCAGACAGUGGCUGUUCGUCCCUCCAGCGUCCUGCCCUCAGCGUCCUCCGUGAUCACUGUCGUGAUGGCCCCGUGACCUGCGUCCGUGAACGCAGGAGCAGUCUUGUCUCUGCAGUAGCUAGGCUGGGAAGCUGCCGUCUCCGCCCUCGAUGCUCUCUCUCACCAGCAGUAAACCCCACACUUGUUCCGGACCAGUUUGCCAAAGCUGUUUCUCCUGUGAAGAGCUCAGACACACCAGGGCUGCACCCAGGAAGCCGGGAGCAGAGGCAGAGGACCUGUCUACAAGACGGCCAGGCUGGGGCUGCAGCUUGCGGGCGGAGCUGGCCAAACAGCCGAGGCAGGGCGGGGAUUUAGCUCAGUGCUGCCGCCCCCUGCCUCGCAAGCGCAGGGACCCAAGUUCCAUCCGGGGUACCAAAGACACAAAGGAGCAAACAGCCAAGGCCAAGGAUUCCAUCCCCACGAGAAAAAGUGUGUCCUGUGGAAAACCCUGGUGAUCGCCGUGUGCUACUGCCCAAGCUGCCCUCACUCUGCUGUCCUCUCUGCCCUCCUGUCAUUUCCAUUCUCUGCGCACUCCUGUCCGCCCUCUGGUCCGGUCUCCUCCCGGUGACCUCAGAGGGGGCAGUGCUCACCCGCAGCGACACAGCUGCUGUCACACAGCCCCGACCUGAGCCGCCUCACCGCAUGCCCAGGUCCUGAGGGUCCCCCGGCUUCCUGUGAGUCCUAAUGUCAGACCACUCAUUCCUCUGAUAAGCGAUACAUUUCUUUAAAUGAAAGAGAAAGCAAAUAAAUGAGUAAAGCCACGAACGUUACCUGUGUGUCCA